UCCCUUCGUGCCGACGCCAAGAUGGCGGCCCCCGUGUUGCGGUGCUUUUCCCGGGGCCGGUGGUUUGGGACCCCAGGCCCAUCAGGAGUCUUGCUCCUGGGACCGCGUGAGGCCCAUUCGGGCGCUCAGGGGUUGCUGGCGAUGCAGAAGGCUCGCGGUCUUUUCAAGGAGUUCUUCCCCGAGAGGGGUACGAAGAUAGAGCUCCCAGAGCUCUUCGACCGUGGCACGGGCAACUUUCCCCAGACCAUCUACUGCGGUUUUGACCCCACGGCCGACUCGCUUCACGUGGGGCAUCUGCUAGCGCUGCUGGGCCUGUUUCACUUCCAGCGAGUGGGCCACAAUGUGAUCGCACUGGUAGGAGGUGCCACCGCGCGCCUGGGAGACCCCAGCGGCCGUACCAAGGAGCGGGAAGCGCUGGAACCAGAGCGCGUGCGAAGCAAUGCGCGCGCCCUACGCCAAGGGCUCGAGGCCAUGGUGGCUAAUCACCAGCAGCUCUUUGCGAAUGGGCGGACCUGGGGAAGCUUCACCGUACUGGACAAUGCGGCCUGGUACCAGAAGCAACACCUGGUGGACUUCCUAACGGCUGUGGGUGGGCAUUUCCGCAUGGGCACGCUCCUGAGUCGUCAGAGCGUCCAAACCCGGCUCAAGAGUCCCGAGGGCAUGAGCUUGGCAGAAUUUUUAUACCAGGUGCUCCAGGCUUAUGACUUCUAUUAUUUGUUCAAGCAUUAUGGAUGCCGGGUCCAGCUGGGUGGAUCUGAUCAGCUGGGCAAUAUCGUGUCCGGAUACGAGUUUAUCCACAAGUUGACUGGAGAAGAUGUAUUUGGAAUCACUGUUCCUCUAAUUACAAGUACAACCGGAGCAAAAUUGGGAAAGUCGGCUGGUAAUGCUGUUUGGCUAAGCCGAGAGAAGACCUCUCCAUUUGAAUUGUAUCAGUUCUUUGUCAGGCAGCAGGAUGAUUUGGUAGAAAGGUACCUGAAGCUCUUCACUUUCCUGCCCCUUCCAGAGAUUGACCACAUCAUGCAGCUGCAUGUUAAAGAGCCGGAAAAGCGGGGUCCUCAGAAGCGACUCGCUGCAGAAGUUACAAAGCUCGUUCAUGGACAAGAAGGGCUGGAUUCUGCUAAAAGGUGUACGCAAGCCCUUUAUCACAGCAGCAUCGAUGCCCUGGAGGUCAUGUCUGAUCAAGAGUUACGAGAGUUGUUUAAAGAAGCUUCAUUUUCUGAAUUAGUUCUUGACCCAGGAACAAGUGUCCUAGAUACAUGCCGCAAAGCAAAUGCCAUUCCAGAUGGUCCCCGAGGGCAUCGGAUGAUAACAGAAGGUGGAGUCAGUAUAAAUCACAGACAAGUAACGAAUCCUGAGUGUGUUUUGGUUGUUGGACAACAUAUUCUUAAGAAUGGACUUUCAUUACUAAAAAUAGGAAAAAGGAAUUUCUACAUUAUAAAAUGGCUUCAGCUAUGAUGAAAAAUCCUUCAGGUGGUUCAAACUUACCCAUCUCCUAAGAUGUACCAAAGGCUGGCUCCAGAACUUACACUUUUGCUCAUGUAAGUCAAGCCAUAGAGAAUGGAGUACUCUCUAGGCCCCAGAGUGUGAGUAAUUUUCUUAUUUCCACAGGGUGGUUAAGACAAGUGCUGGUGUAAUAAUGCGGUAUUUUAUCUCCUGAGCUGCAGGUGUUAAGGACUACCAUAGAACUAUGAGUGCCAGGGAUAAUCUCUUUUUUAAAAAUUCUAUUUCAUGGAAGAACUAUCCUAUCCUUUUUGUUCCCUUUUUAGAGAUGAGGAGGAACAGUGAAAAAGAGGGUGGCGUAAGGACUCAUGGAUACUUUUAUAUCAGGGGUUUAUCUCCCUCAUCUGACUCACGGACACCAGCAGGGCCUCUAGUGUUCACAUUAGAAAUGUGAAAAAUAGUAUUGGAAACUUGUAAAUUUCUGAAUUUUUUGUUGUUGAUUAAAUCCAGUUCUCCUUAAGAAGACAGGUAUUACAUACAUUAAGCCAUAGUUGGCAGGAGAAAUUCUAGUAGAAAGUUUACUUUCAAAGAACAAAAAUCCGUACUUUUCAGAAGGUUUCUAAUUGAGUUUUUUAGUCCCUUGCCUGUGUUUCAGUAUAAUUAAAUUUACUCACAGCUUUGUUUUGCCAAAUUACUGAGGCAGCAGUAUUUCAUAAAUUUGGAAACUUAGCUUUAAGUUUCAGCGUCUGUCUCCAAGCAGAUUGCAACUUGAGAUAAACUGAAAAGUAACUAGAAUGAAAACAGAGGCAAAUAUUAUACCAAUAUCCAAUCAUAGGAGAAUAUCAUAAGGAAUUCAGGUAAGGGAAGUUUUCCAGACUUAGAAUCCAGACCUAAUUAAGCUCUCUACACAUUAGGCAAGUCAAUUCUUAGAACUGUUUCCACAUCUCAAAAAUCAGGGUAAUAUCAGUGUAUUUCCCUGAGGACCAAGUGAAAUACACAAAUACAAAAUGGUUCACAAUUUGAUUCCUUCUAGAAAAUCUUAUAGGCAGCAAAGCAUGUAGUGUUGAAAUUCUAAGCAUUUACUACCUGGAUUACAUGGAACAAAUCACUGUCUUUAUGUGUGAAACUGGAGAUGUAAUAAUCUCUGAAUUGUGAGAAUUUAAUAGGAAAAAAUUUGUAAAAACUUUUAUACAGUAUAAGCUGUAUUAUGUUCCAAUUAGAUUAAUGUUAUGUGUUAAACUAUAGUUUAUCUAAACCUCUGGGAGCAAAGUUAAAAAGAAUUCAUUUAUUGACAAAACUUUAAUGUCAUUUCAUACCAGCAAUUUUAUUUACAUAGCAAGAACAUACAGGUGUCCACUGUAAAUGUCAGAGAUCGUCUAAACAUAUCAGAGCUUCACUCAGUUUGAGAGCCAACAAAGGAAGGUUUUCUAACUUUCCAAACCUCUCUUGCCUCUGCUUUUCUUGUACAAGGUGUGUAGUGCCAGCAAGUACAUUACCGUAACCUAUCUUUAAAGGUAACAUUUCCAAUUUGAAAUGUUUGAUGUGGAGAAUGAUGCCCUGUUAAGUUCCCCGCCCCCUUACAAGUUUAAAAGUCUGAAAUGGUAGUCAUCUGAUGUAUCUGAAGUCAGUCAGUCAUGGAUGGCUACACUGAGGUUGAAGAAUGGCAGAGUGACUUCAGAGUGUGUGCUAACAGACAUUUAGGUAGUGUGCAUUCUCUCCAGAUUGGUACUGCUCACAGAUUCAAAGGAGUACCAUAUUAGAGAAGAUUGAAUCUGUUCAUGGUUGGGGUCAGUUGCUGAGCCUGUUGUUUGCUAGUAAAUGAGUACCGUAAGCUCAAGUUACCAGACAUGCUUUCUCUGCCAGGAGUUCUUCAUAAAUGUCGUAACUUAGGAGAUAGGUUAACAUGUUCAGUAAAUUCUUUAUUAUGGAAAUAUAGUAUCUGUCAGAGAUGGAGCUAAAUGCCUUAAGGAUUUUGACCCGUAUCUUAAAAUUUUUAAUGUAAUUCAUAUCAAGAAUCACCUGGGGAAUUUUAAUAAAAUGUGAAUAUGUUCUAAACCUCACCCCCAACCUCUUUGAAUGCAUUUUAGUAGCCCAAGCCUUCGGAUGUGUGGCUGUGUCCAGGUAUUUUUCUAUAUAGAGUUCCACUAUAUAUAUAGUGUUCCACUCUAAAAUAGAGUAUUUUCUAAUGCAUUUUGUUGGUGUGAAGCAAAAGUAACUUUUUUUAACCAACUAAUAGAGAAGAUACACUUCAAUGAUCACCACAGGAUUUGGUUUUAAGUCCCAGCUUCAAGUGAAUCUUGGGACAUGGUGUAAGUGAUCUAAUUUAAAGAUGGAUCUGAAUUAUUAUAUUUGAAAAUCAAGUCUAGAUGACUUUUAAUGCAGAACAAUAUAAUUCAUCCUUCCAGGUUUAAGAAAGGAUCAAAGAUACUUUGAUUUUUAACGCACUAGGGUAGCGUAAGCCCAGAAGGGGAAGGGCUGCGUAGCUACACACGCACACUGCAUCACUGUCAACGUUCCAGACCUUCUUGUGCCUUCAGCUUUCUUACUAACACAUCAAAGGCUGCAGCAAAGCUCAGUAAAACUAUAAAUUGAAGGACAGGUGGAAUACAAUGACUGUGAGUAACCUGUCAACUCACAUCUUUCAAAGCCAGACCAGUUUAUAUUGUGCAUGCAUUACAGUUGUAGGAAAUGGUGUCUUGUGCAUUCUUCUUGCAGGACUAGGGCAGCAGCUUUAAGACUACUAACAGAUUACACAGGUCAUCUUAUCCACAGGCAAACUGCUUGCACAACUAGAACAUUAACAGCUCUUUUUAAGUUCAAAUGAAAUGGUCACAAGAAAGACUUGAUGUAUUUUAUAGGUACUGGGCAACUUUAGAAACAGCCAUUUAUUAUUUGGAUUAACUGUAUGAUUUGUUCUGCAAUACAGAGUAAAAUUUUCAGCUUAUAGCCAGUCUCUUAACAUGAGCAGAUUCAUACCAUUGUAAUACACAGGAGUUCAUAAAUAAAAUUCUACUCAAGUAGGCAGUAACUAGCAAAUUUCGAGUCAACAAAGUCCCCAUAUUCUAUAGUUCUCUUCACCAAAGAUGAGUCUCUCGGAUUUCAGCAAUUAUUUGACUGGCUCCUUGUAAUGCCUAUAUUAAAAAAGAAAAAGCUGUAGAUGCUUAUUAAGUUCUUGAUAUUAAAAAAAUCUGAAUUAUGUGGGCGUAAUCACUCCUCUUUAUAUGUGGUAGCUUUAAAUUAACCAGUAUCUUCUCUGGAAUUUGAAUCUAAAAGUCUAAUCAAGUACCAACGAAAAAAAAGAUUAGCCCUUAUAGGAGGACUAUCUAUCUCCAAGGAUAAGAAUGCAUUUUUAACAAUGUAGUAUUUGUAUCCACGACCCAACUGUGAAAACUCAAAACCGCUGACAGUAAUACCUUCAGCAUGUCGGCUGCUUCCUUCCUGCGCUGUGCCAUAUCCUCAGAUUCAGUCAGAAGAUCAUCCAAUAAGGACGAUUUGUACAGCUGUCCUACUAACUCACUCUGAAGAGUAUCUUUCACAUGAUUAACCAAAAAAUGCAUUACUGCCUUUGGCACACUGCAAAACCAAACCAGAUGAUCCAUUUAUUUAGAAUAAAAGCCUAAAAUUUUUAAAACACAUGUAUUUCUACAACAGAUUCUGAAAUAACUGAGCAGUAUUAGAGUCUGAUUUAGUACUAUAGUACUAACCUGUCUUGAAUAUUCUUUCUGACAAUAAGAAAAUAUGAUUUGAUGAGUCGUUCAAUGACCUCACAAUCUCGCUGUUCACGGGCAGAUAGUUUUCGUGCAACAGGAACAGGCUAAAUGGAGGGAAAGAAAAAAAUUUCACUUUUGUGCCAUUUUGAAAUGGUUAAAAGUUCAGUAAGUUUUUGUAACUUUUAGUUCCUUUAGUUUUUCUGAAGUGUUUUCCUAGUAAUUCGGUUAUCUUCUUAGUGUGUAACCCAUUCGCAUGGCUUACCACAUCCAGCAGAUUCACAGCAUGACCUUUUUGUGGACUGGCUGGCAUAAUUGGAAUUGGCUUUGAUUUUUCCUCAGCUAAUAACUCUUCAGCUUUUGAAGUUUUCAGCAUUCCUCUCCAGUUGCCUGUUGUUGGUUCUUGAACACCGUCUCCAACCCCACCGCCUCCAGAUGCAACCUGAAAAGAACAUGUUCCAAAACCUAUUCCAACUGUAUCCGAUCUGACAUUAACUUAAAGUUCAUCUUCUUUGACAAGGAGAACACACAUCCAGUACCAUCUGGAAUUUUAUUCAGACAGAUAACAGGGUCAGAAAAAGAUGGCAUGUGGCAUGUGUAACUGGCAACCUGAGCUAUCGUAAAUAAGAGGUUCUGUUAUCUUUUCUUUGGAAGGCCUCAGCCCAUAGAUUUAAUUUUUCUUUAUCAUUCGCUAACUUUAAAAUUCUUCCUCCUUGCCAACCCCUCCAACAGUAAAUUGUGGGAAAAGUAUAAACUGCCCUUAAGAGUGCUUAUUAAAAGCACAAAAGAAAACCGAACUGCCAGUCAGUUUAAUUUUUUCAAAGUAACCUUACACUGUUGAACUUGAUCUUUCCAAAAGUCCUAUGAACUCAUGUCUCAAACUUCAGAGUUUAUCUAUUUUCCAAGUUAGUUUACAUUUUUAAUAGUCAACAGAAUACUAUAGGAUACAACUACAAACUCUUUACACUAACAGUUCUUAGGCUGAUACUGACUUUAAGCUGCCUAAAAUGUGGAACGUGACAUAAACCCAAGGUAAGUUUCCUCCAUGUCUAUGUUCUUAAGGAUCUACUGAAAGAAAUCUAGUAAUCACCAGUACUUCUGCACCUUCUUUUCUAGGAUAUGUCAGCUGAUUUAUAAAAGAAAAAUGUUUAGACUAAUGGGAAAAACAGUAACUGAUCAACAUUUAGGAAUGUUUUUACAUGCUCUUUAAAAAGAUCUUACAAUCUAAAAUGGAAUUAAGGUGGCAUCCAGACUUUUAACCGAAGGGUGUUAUGGCAAGUGUUAAAAAUAUGUCAGUUUUCAAAAACAAAAUCCUAGAUCAAGAACAAGCUGGGGUUCAAUUGUAGGGCGAUGGAUGCUUAACUAGACUUCUGGGGGUGAUCGCUUUGUAGUGCAUACAGAUGUCAAAUUAUAAUACUGCACACCUGAAAGAUAGAUUUUAAAAAAGUCAGUUUGGGGUAUCCUUCUGAAUCAAAACACUGGCCCACAUUUGCCUGUAAUACAUCAGUUAAGAUAUGCUAUGUCCAAAUAUAGCAGUAUAUUAUAAACUAAUCUUAAAAUGAGUAAUUAGUUGUUUAGAUGCCUGAAUGAUGAAAAGGAAAGGAAGGCAACUCAGGGUGACGCCACAAGUGAAAUAAAACUUAAGGCAAUGAUUUGGACGGUUCUCUAUAGAACCUGAGCACAGCGGGCUGAGAGAGGAUAAGACAUUUAUAAACUUAGGAGGCUCAGAAUCUUAAACCUGGACAGUAAGUGAGGAAAGGAGCUAAAGGCAG